AUGGAGGGAUUGAUGAUGGUUCUGACUAUGAUAUUGGUGGUGCUCCCAUCCAUCUCCAUCUCCCUGCAAGCCUUUCCACAAGAACGCUAUAGUAACUUGAGGAUUGACUGUGGAGCAUCGAGCCAAAAGCCGACGAGGAAUCCUCAUGGUCUCAAUGUUUCAUGGCUCACCGAUGAAAAUUUUGCAUGCACUGGAGAAAACCAACUACUAAGAUACAGCCAAAACUUUAGCACAAUGAACUCAAUACGAUAUUUCCCUGACGGCCAGAAGAACUGCUACUUCUUACCCUUAUAUUUAUCACCAUCGCCAUCAAACACCAAGUUUCUUUUUCGAGCAGGGUUUUAUUAUGGCAACUAUGAUGGCCUUUCCAAGCCUCCAAGUUUUAAUUUGGAGAUGGAAGGAAAUUUUUGGGCAACAGUGACAACUAAUUCUACAAGUAAUAAUAAGCCUGUUUUCCAUGAAAUGAUUUACAUGAUCAAGAGAGACGGUGUACAAGCGUGUUUGUUUAAUGUCGGCCAUGGGAUUCCAUUCAUUUCUUCCCUUGAAGCUACAACAAUUGAUUCCUACUGGUUGAUGGAGAACAAGAGAGCUUUGCUUCUUUAUAGCAGGAUGAAUUAUGGUGCAAAUCGAUCGAAAGAAAUGCCAGAAUAUCUCAACAUUGUCUAUGACAGAAUCGUUGAUGACACAAUGAUGGACGAAAAUUACCCUCCAUGGCCUGUUAUGCAAACUGCAAUACAAGCAAAAAUUGUCUUAGACUCCAUCUAUUUAUCUGUCAACUUUUCUACUCAAACAAUUGCAGUAGCCCACUUUGUGCUCUAUUUCAAGGAGCCAAUUAAUAGAUAUCCUGAAAAUUCAAUUGCCCAGGCCCAGAAGAGGGAUUGUGGAGUUAUUGUGUUGUGGGCCUGA